AUGGAGCACGUCGUUGAGGUUUCCCAAGUUAUGCCUCAGAAGUCUGCUCCAGAUCAACAGGACGACUCUCUCACAAAACACCAUGUUCACUCCCCAGGUGACAUGGAGGCCGGCUAUGACUACUCCUCGCCCACAUCGAAUAACUCCGACAUCCGGCUCCCACCAUUGAAGCAAGAGAUGCAUCCUAUUCCUCUUGAUGUUCGAAAAAUCGCCAAUCCGGCUCCCCUCGGUCUAUGUGCUUUUGCACUCACAUGCUUCCUCACGAAUCUCAUCAACCUCAAGGUUGGAAAUGUUCAAUCGGCAGGAGCUAAUCUCUCUUUGGCCUUGAUAUACGGUGGCUUGGUUCAGAUUCUGGUGGGCAUGUGGGAAAUGGCGGUGGGAAACACAUUCGGUGCUACAACAUUUACUUCAUUCGGUGCCGCCUGGGUCAGCUCUGCUCUGACCUCAACAUUCGACAGUCCCGAGACACUCAAAGACGCGGCAACUGCAACCUGCCCGAAUGAGUAUUUGACCGGUCUUCUCAACCUGUCCUGGUUCAUAUUUACCACCCUCAUGCUCCUGUGCACCCUGAAAUCCAGUCUGGCAAUGUUCUGCCUGUUCUUCUUCCUGGACAUGAACUAUCUCCUCCUCGGCAUCGCCCAUAUCGAAUGCGCUUCCCACGGCGCGGUUCUCAUCGCCGUGCAAAAGGCCGGUGGAGUUUGCGGGAUACUAGCUGCAUUUUCGGCUUGGUGGAGUGCCUUCGCCGGGGUUUGCGAUCCAAGCAACGGGUUCUUCACGGUCCCACUCGGUCACUUCCCUUGGUCUCCUGCGGCCCGUGCUCACCGGCUCAAGGCGAAGGAGAUGUGA